UGUUAUCCUUAAAUUGUUCUUUCUCAGGAUCAUACACGAUGUUCUCCCUCAUCCAGUUGUGGAAGUGUGGAUUGCGUAAUUGUUCAAAUCGGACGCGCUGAUGAUCGAGAUAGAUUCUUAGAAAGGCUUACGACACCAACCGACCCACGGGAUGGGAAAUCUUGGAGAUUUCCCAUAGAACCUUUAAGAAGUUUCAUUAUCCUUCAUUCUGUGAAAUGCAUAACCUCAGUCGUGCAUCACAUUGAUUUUUAUGAAGUUGAUAAGAUGGGUUUGACUCCACUGUGUUUGGCAACUUUGGCUUCUUGUCCUGAAUUGGUUAAAUUAUUCCUUGAAAAAGGAGCUCCAACAGAUGUUAGGCUCACGGAUAGUGUAUCAGAACAUGAUCAGAUGCUUCCUCUUAAUUAUUCACUCCAUUUGUUAAGGUUGUUGUCUUAUUCCUGGCAUUUAAUUAAAGUCAAAACACCAAUUUACUUGUAUUGUGCUUGUUUAUUAAAUCCCUAAUCUAUGUUUCUUUAAGUGAUCAUGUCAUGGCAUUAUACUCCCUGUAUAAAGCAUGGAAGGCUUGUUGAGCUGGCUGUCUUACUUUUGGUGGCCCGAGAUAAGGUUACUUCUGCAUCAUUGGUUAAGAAUUCCUCUUCAUUGAAUGAAAAGGAUUGUAGAAAUCUAGAUCAUUGCAUGUCUCUCCGGGAGUUCAUUGUUUUCGAGCUAGGACAACUGAGUGCUCUUGAAGUGAAACUGGAAUUUCAUUGUGAAAAUGGUAAGUUAUUGAGUUGCUGCAAGGAAAAACAGAAUCUGAUGAUAUCGGCACUGCUAUUGCUUGAAAUUUUUGAAAGGGCUGGCAAAACUAUCGAGAGCUAUUUAAAAACACAGAUGCCACAAGAGAAAAUUGUGCAUAUACUUGAAGAAGCGGGCUUUUAUUUGGAAGACAAGGACACUGAUGUGAGCCAUGUUGAGAGUUUCUCGUGGCCAUCAUUCUUGAGGAUGUGUGAUGAUCCUACAAUUGGAAAGCAUGCAGAAGAAAGAUAUCAAUUGGUAAGACAGAAGUUGUUUUCUGUUUGUGCUGAGGACUAGUUCUUUUUUUUUCUUGAUAUAGUUGUCUAUGAUUUUGAACCCAUUCUUCAUUAUUUGUUGGAAGCUAAAACGUAAACAAAAAGUAAAAACAAAAGACUUCAUUUUCAUCUACUGAAACAAAAAGCAGCAAGCAAAGUUUGGAUCUCAAUACAACUACUUGCUUAUG